GAAUGUAGAAAAGACAGUCAGGGAACAGACUGAAACACAGACACCUGCAGCCUCUGAAGCCAAACUACGAUAUAUUACAUAUUCAAGAACAGACUGCCUAAUCGAAGCCAUGAAGAUCACCAUUGUGCUCUGUUGCACUCUGCUCCUGUCUCUCUCAGUCUUCGCUGUGGACGAAACCAAUCUUGAGGCCAGAGAGCCCCAAUGUGACAAGUACGAUGCAACAAUGUGCUCCAAGGAGUUUGAUCCUGUGUGUGGGAGUGAUGGACUCACCUACAGCACAGAGUGUAUCCUCUGUCAAAACAACAUGGCUAAGAACCUGCAUGUCAUGGUGGUGCACAGUGGGAUGUGCAAGGUCUAGUCAUCCAGCCAGUCUGCCUGACAGGACUUAUCUGAGAGGAUGGUCUCCAGACUAACCACCCAAUCACAGCCAUUGUUGGCUAUUAUACAUGUAGUACUUAAAUGUAAUAAAGUUUUACAUCAUCCAUA